AUGAACAUUGCAAUAGAUCAAGUUGUUUCAUUAUGCUGUAACGAAGGAGAACGGUGGGGCGUUGAGCAGAAACAUUGUUCCUCAUUCGACAACCGUGUAGAUGUGGCCGAUGAGCUACAAGGACUUUGUCUGUCUACUGUUGAAAUUUGUUGUUCAAAGCAACAUCAAAUAUUCCAGUGUGCUGCCGGCCAAAUUGCAGCCAAAAAUGGACUUAGUUGUUUGAGCCAGAAUUCUUCUACCACAGGAAGUGAUUUCUUCAAGAAUUGUUGUGAGUCAUGCAAAGUUGGAUUAUUGGUAGCCUCAAACAGCAACAGAUGCUCCUUGGAUCCAUUCCAUUUUGGAGCGCCUUGGGACGAAGCUUAUUACAACUGCUGCAAUGAAAUUAUUCCAGAUGACGAAUUUAUUCUUACAGAGGAAGACGAAAAAAACCUUUGUCAGAAAUUCGAUAAGCUCUGUACGCAAAUUUGUGAGAAUACGGACCACUCGUACGUGUGCUCUUGCUACGACGGAUAUGUUUUAUUAGAAGAUAAGAGAACGUGUGUUCCUGCUGGAGAUAGCACCGAAGAUAAUGACGUUAAUUAUAAUGGGUCUGAUUGUCGCAAAGGUUACAUGAGAGACCCGAAAUCUAAAAUAUGCGUGGAUAUUGAUGAAUGUGCUACAAGUGACAACGAUUGCAACCCAGAGGAGCAAGUCUGCUUUAAUAUAGACGGAUCAUACAAAUGUCUUAAUGUCUUGGAAGCCAAUAUUAAUGAAUGCGAGCUGGAGGAUGCUUGUGAUCCAGGAUUCAUAUGUCAAAACGUUGUGGGAUCAUUUGAAUGCAUUAAGCGAGGACAACCAACCUCGAGACCAUACAUCAGUGGUCAUCUUGCAAGCCACUCGCAAAAACCAUGUGCUCUAGGUUUUCGUCGUCAUAAAGAUAAAUGCAUUGACAUUGACGAAUGUGAAUCGAAUCCAUGUGAUCUCUAUCAGACGUGCCAUAAUGAAAUUGGGGGCUUCCGUUGUGUAUGCAAAGUUGGAUUUAUGUUAGACCCGAAGACGAAAGCCUGUGUGGACAUAAACGAAUGCCAGAUAAACAAUCAUGAGUGCUUGGAGUCGCAAAGAUGCGAUAAUACAAUAGGAAGUUAUACUUGCAUUCGAUUGCAGUCAUGCGGAACUGGAUACACAUUGAAUGCAGAAACGGGUCAAUGCGAUGAUGAUGACGAAUGUGCUCUUGGGCGUCACAAUUGCCAAUUACCAUACGAGUGUCGCAAUACAAAAGGGUCAUUCAGAUGUGUUUAUCCUCGAACAACUACGACGACGACGACAACUACCACUACAACCACCACUCGUAGGCCACCAACUGUUUCUACGAAUUCCCGGAAUACAUUUACAUCUUCUAGAAGUGCCAACAACUAUUGGCCUCCUCCAACAACACAAAGAUCCAUCUUUGGCUUGUGUGAUGUUGGCUUUGAACGAAAUGCUGCUGGUGCUUGUGUUGACAUCAAUGAGUGUGAGUUACGUAAAGGAAUUUGUCAACGCAAUUAUCGGUGUAUCAAUACGAAUGGUUCAUACCGGUGCACGCCAUUGAUUAAUUGCCCUGGUGGUUUCAUGGCUAAUCAAGAUGCUACUCAAUGUAUAGAUAUUGACGAAUGCGCUACAGGAGAAGCAAACUGUGGACCAAAUCAAAUUUGCAAAAACAAACCCGGUGGUUAUUUGUGCAGUUGCCCUCCAGGACACGCUUUAAACAAAGAUCAACGUUGUGAAGACGUCAAUGAGUGUGAAAGUUACAAGGAUACGGUUUGUCCAUCAAAUGCUGUCUGUAUAAAUACGAUUGGAUCGUUCUUGUGUGACUGUAAACUCGGAUUUAGAAAGAAACAUGCAGAUGAUAAGGUUUGUGAAGAUAUUGAUGAAUGUCGAGAGAUUCCUGGAUUGUGUCAUCAAAGAUGUAUUAAUUAUUGGGGAUCAUAUCGUUGUGGAUGCGAACCUGGUUUUAAAUUAAAUGAAAAUAAUCGCACAUGUGACGACAUCAAUGAAUGCGAGGUUCACAAAAGUUACGGUUUGUGUAUGGGACUUUGUCAAAAUACUCCAGGCUCAUAUAGUUGUGCUUGUCCUCCCGGAUUUAAUCUCGGUUCCGAUGGAAGAGUUUGUGAAGAUAUAGACGAAUGCGCAACACACAACAUUUGUAAUCAACGAAAUGAAGUAUGCACAAAUCUACGAGGAAGUUACAGAUGCACGAGAAUCGACUGUCCAUAUGGCUAUUCAAUCGAUGCCGAACGUAAAAAUAGAUGCAAGAGAAAUGAUAUUCGAUGCGAUUACGGUGAUACAGAUUGUUUCCGCAAGCCAUCUUCCAUCUCCUACAACUUUAUUACGUUGACAUCAAAUAUAUCGGUUCCGCCAAAAGGAAGGGGGUUAUUUAAUUUGCGUGGACCAAAUUGGUAUGAAAAUAUUGAUUUUGAUUUGAAAGUAGUUCGGGUGGAUGCACCACCACACGUUACCAAAGCUACGGAAGAAUACUUCAGCAUGAACAAGAUGCAAAAUGAGGUUUUCCUAAAUUUGGUGAAAUCGAUUCAAGGACCGCAAGACAUUGAACUUGAACUUAAUAUGACAGUUUUCCAGAACGGAGUUGCCAGUGGAUCAAAUUUAGCUAAAAUUAUCAUUAUGACAUCGGAAUAUACUUUCUGAUUAAAUGAUUUUUGAAAUUUUAUGAGUAAACUAAAUUUAGUUUGUAGAGAAUAUUUUGAUACAUUUGACUUAUCGAAAUAAAAAAUA